AUGUUUACUGGUCUUGUUGAAACCAUUGGUACUGUUUUAGACUACUCAAAGCACGAUGAUUCCUCCACUGGUGGAGACGGAGUUUCCAUUACCAUUGGAAAUUGCUCAGAAAUCUUGGAAGAUGUCAAGUUGGGCGAUUCAAUCUCCACAAAUGGUGUUUGUUUAACUGUUACCGAAUUCAAUCUCGGGAAGACCCUUUUUAAAGUUGGUGUGGCCCCAGAGACUCUCCGCAGAACCAAUCUAGGAGAUUUGAAACACGGUGCACCAGUCAAUUUAGAAAGAGCCGUUACAAGUGAAGUUAGAUUGGGUGGCCAUAUUGUUCAAGGACAUGUUGACACUAUUGCCAAAAUUGUCGACAAGAAACCAGAUGGAAAUGCUAUUGCCUAUACUUUUGAAUUAAGAGAUAAAGAAUUUAUCAAUUACAUUGUCCACAAGGGGUUUAUUGCUAUUGAUGGGGCUUCAUUGACUGUUACCAAUGUCGAUCCAUCUAAAGUUCAAUUCUCAAUUAUGUUGAUUAGCUACAGUCAAGAAAAGGUUAUCUUAGCCAAGAAGGAAGUAGGCGACACUGUCAACAUUGAAGUUGACUUGACGGGUAAGUUUAUUGAGAAACAAGUUGAGAUAAAUUUAACUGGUCAAAUUGAAAAUUCCGACAGCCCAUUGAACAAAUUGAUUAGCUCGUUGGUUGAAAAGAAAGUUAAAGAAUAUAUCAAGUAA